AUGGGGAUUAUGGCACGGUCUAAUUCCACCGCCGAGCCCGACGACGACGCCGACACCGACACCAUCCCAUCGAUGAUCUCGAAGCUCAAGACAGCCUUCCUCCCCGCCGAAUACGCACGCGCCGAGCGGGCAUUACUCGCCAGAGAAUCCAACCUGAAGCGAGAAAUCGAGAACCUGAAGAAGGAGAACGCGAAGCUUCUGGAAGCGAACCAAUUCAGAGAGCUGGAGAUGCUGAGAGUGGAGACGGAGUCGAAAGGCGUGAUCUUGGAGCAGAGGAGGAGGAUCAGGGAGCUGGAGAGGCAGAAAUUGAAGCUGGAGGGGUUAGUGGUGAGUGAGUACGAGGGUUGGAAGGGUCUGGCUUCGAAGCUGGAGGGAGAUGCGAGGAGAUUGAGCUGCGAGAAGGGGACGAGUGGUGGUGUGGUGGUGAAAUUGGAGGUUGAGGGUGAUGAGAUUGGAGGCGUGGCGUCGAGUGUGAAAGAUUCAGGUAUUCGCAAAUUUCCAUCUGAAGAUGCUGGUUUAAAUGAUAGACAUUAUGAGUGUGCUCCCAAGGAAACCGAGAUGCUGUGUGAGAAGUCUGAAAUACAGAAGGACACUGAAUCUUUGAGUUUGACUGGUGUAGAAAGGAAGCCAAGGGUUCCUAAGAGAAAACCAGCUUCAUCUUUAAGUGGUAGUGAUGAUGACGACAAAGAGGGUGGCAAGUUUAAGGAAGAUAAAAAUUUAAACAAUGAGAUGAAGCAACGCCAAAAGUUGAGCCUUGUGCCUGAUUGUCCUUUUAUCAACAAUCAUUGCACAGAAAAACUUGACUUUUCUGGUAUUAAGGUCUCUGAAAACCAAAAUUUACCAAAUUAUGAGCAAGUGAACUCAAGGGUAUCUGAAGAGAAAAUUGUGGCAGAACAGAAAUCACAACUUUUUCUUAAUGCUCCUAUGGAAGUGAGUAGUGAUUCUGAUAGUUCUAGCUGCAGCUCAAGUUCCUCUGACUCUGAAGAUGACAAUCUAUCUCAACUGAAGUUGACUAUCUCAACUUGAUGAUAUUUUGCCGAAAGCCAAAGCAAAAGAGGGAAGCUGUUCUGUCUAAUGAGGGUAGAAGAUGUUGUAGCUGAUUGACGGAAAUUAUAGUUCUGAUCGCUAGAAGCUAACAAGACAUAUUGGAGGAGGUUUUUGGAUAUAUAGUUGAAGAAAGAGUAUCAUGAGAAGUAGUGUCGAUGACUAACUGAGGCUUGGUUACUGUCAGUAGAUAGCUAGAUAGAUCGACAGGACCAUCAUGUUGCAUAAGAAAAUGCUGGUGGUUUCUAAUGUUAAUAUACGUAGUACAUAACCAUGGGUAUGAAGCUUAUGCUACUGUUGUGUGGGAACUAGCUGAUGGUA